AUGAACUCAGAAAUUAUUGAAGUGUGUUAACAUUAAAAAGAUAAUAUUCUUGUUAAAUUGAAGAAUGGAGAAAAGAAAUGGUUUAAAUUUGAUGAGGUUCUUAAAUAACAACCUAAAAUGCUUGCUUAAUGGCUUGAAAAAUAAGUAUUUUUUAGAGAAGUAGAAGAAGAUAAAUUAUAUUGA